AAACAAAGAUGGCAGGCGCUUGCCUUCUCAGUUUUGCAAUGUCAUGGUCAUUAUGUAAGUUUUAAAGAAGUAAAAAACUUUAUCAAGAUGUUGUAAAUGUCAUUUCAGAAGAAUUACUGUUUUCUCUGAGAUACGUGUGAAAAUCGCACUUGGUGAACUGGACUCUCUAGAUCCUCUUUCUGAUGUCAGGAGUUAAACAGUAGAGUAUGGAAGAGGGUUAGUAGCAAAUUUGAAAGCCACUUUGUGUGACUAACGAGUACAGUGCCUUUGGGAAAAUUUGGAGUUGAAAGGAGAGUUCAAGAAACGAACAAAGAAAGGUGAAAUGGAUAUUUUUCAUUGUGUCUAAAUGAGUUCGGUUUUUAAUUUUUACCAAGUGUAGCCGAUUGUCCUGCAGCUUACAUAACGGUACCCUGCUUUUGUAACUUUGCUUUUUAUUAGAGAAUGAAUCAUCGAUGAACAAAUUGUCUUUACCUUUGCAAUAUACCGUAACAGGCUAAAUUCAAUGAAUAAUAUGAAUCAAAGCUGUUUAUGAAUGAUAAUGAUAAUAACAGUAAACAACAAUAAUCAUGAAAAUAACAGUAAUGACAGUAAAAAUACAUGAUAAUAAUACGGCUGUUAAUAAUAAUGAUGAUAAGGAGGAUACUAGCUUGAAAAACUGAACAAAAGGGAUCGGAUACCUUUAUUAGACAUUGCAGUGCCAAUUUCUCCCAAGUUAGGUGUUGGAAAUUCAAUAUUUGGAGAAACAUGGUCAGAAUUAACGCCUGAGCUUUACCAAGUGCCACAGCUUUGCCGUGUUACUGACAUAUUCACCAGAGUUUUCAUAUAUUUUAGCAUGUCAAAGAAUGCUGAGGAAACCAACAACAUGCUGGACAGAUGGGCAAAAGUUUUUGACAAAAGGUUUGUAAAUAUCAGCCAAUCACAGAGAGGAAGUAUAAUUGUAGUCUGGUCAAGGGUGUUGUGGAUGAUGAGUAUAUAUGCUACCCAUGCCCAAAAUAUAUAUAAAAACACCACAAUUGUUACAAAGAUCUCUGUUACAUUUUUUACGCCUCUCCAUUAUGCUUCCCUUGACACCCCGUGUGACACAUCAUGCAUCACAAGUGUUAUUUACACUCUAAAAUGUACAAAGUACAUGUAACUGCCUUAGAGCCCUUUAGCCAACAGACAUGAGCUAACUUAAAAAAUGUCACAACUUGCUACAUGAUGAUUGAGUACAGGUUGCUAGAUUGGCAAUCAUCCUGUUAAAGAAGGGUAUCCAAAUUCCUGUAUGCCUAGGGUUGCAGAAAAUAACACUAAAUACCACUUAAUAUGAAUGUAAUGAGUGAACUAAUUUUACAAUCUUUCACAAUGAUUUCGAUAGUUACUUUAAUGGAAUUUUUCUUUGAAACUUUCCGUUACUUUCCAGCUAUGUGUUUUGGUCAGGUAUCAUCCUUUUUUAACACUUUGGUAACAUAGUGAUAAAAACUCGGGGUUAAUUUUGUCCUUUCUGUUGUUUUUACAGCCUUGCAAAGCCAGUACCAAAGACAGUAAGUGUAGUAGACUGCAAACUGUAUUAUACUGUUGUAAUGACUGUAUAUUGUUAUUGCUAACUAGAAUAUUAGUUUUAUACUCAUGUGGCUUACAAAUGGAUCUCGUUAACUUUAAAAACUAGAGUUAGUUGUAGUUACAUAUAACUUCUUUGAUCUGCUCUUCCCUCACAUGUAGGUUAGAAGUCUUUUGAAAGGCCUGAUAUAAUGAUACACUGCAAUGUAACAGAUGUUAAAAGACCAGAUAUCUUUCAAAUUUCUAGUCUAAGAAAUAUUCCUCAUUAUAACUGGGUUGAGUGUCUACAGAUUAAUUUUUGCACAGAUUAUGACUCUAAAACCAGGUACAACAAGUGUAUCAAAAUUGACCUUUGUAUGUAAAUGAAUAUUACCUUUCAAUGUGGAAGUACCAAGUCAAUUGGCCUGAAAUAGAAACAAGAAGUGACGAUUUUUUUGGCAAAGCCCUCUAUGAGUGUAAAAAAAAAGCCUCAUGAAGUCCCUCAGACUUCUUUCCCCUUUUAAGAAGGGCCAUAAUCCAAACAUGGCUGUUUCUUUUUUAUCAUGUUGAUGUAAUACUUCCCUACCAGUGAGCAGCACCUUAGGCACUUGUGUGUAAAUUUCUGAUUAUGAGUAGUGCUACCCAGCAUUUGGAAACUAGGGAUGGUGUCUUAUAGCAUAGUCCAACAAGGGCCUGGAUAUGAAGAAUGCGUUGAGGUUUAAUUUUUUUAGAGACAGGUAAUGCACAGAAAAAAGAUAGGAGAUAUAUGGCCAAAUGGGAUCCUUUAUGAGUCAUUCUGUUGUGAUUAUGACACCUUUGUUGCAAAUGCAGUCAGAAAAUAAUGAUUAAAUGGUUUUGCACACAUACAAAAUUGUCUCUAAUUUGGAAGUAUUUUCAUAGACAUUUUGGUUUUGUAUGGUCUCUUUACUUAAGAAAGAAUUUGUAGAAUAAUGGUGGUUCAACUGUAUUAUUGGACUUAACAUUGUGUUUUGUUAUUUUUUAGUUAACCCUUAAAAGGUCAAGCACAUUGGAGCUAGAAGAUGUUCAAGAAGAUGUUAUUGAAGACAUUGACAUAGGUAAAGGCUGCAUGGACCUCUCUUGUCAAGUAGUCCCCCUCCCCAACCUAAUAGGGCCCCCAUUCCCCACCAAAAAAAACCCCUUCCCCACCAAAUAGGCUCCCCCCCCCACCAAAUAGGCCCCCCUCCCCUAUCAAAUAGGUCCCCCUUCCCCACCAAAUAAGCCCCAUUCCCCCCCAAAAUAGGUCUCCCUUACCCACCAAAUAGGCCCCCUGCUCCCAUCAAAUUGGCCCUCCUUUCCCCACCAAAUAGACCCUCCCCCCUACCAAAUAGGCCCCCUCCCUUGCCAAAUAGGCCCAAAACUUAAACAAUAGACUGCGACACUUUCAACUCCAGCUGAUCAAUUGUAUGGCACAAAACUAUGAAAUCUCAACACAAUGUUCGUUGAUCGGUCAUAUUUAAGUGAUCACGGAUCGUUGGUUGAACGUCAAGUUCUGAUGAGGUCCAAGAGUUGUAGGGGUACAAAUUAAUGAUUUGUAUGUUGCAUUCAUUUCCUACCGGAGCAAAACCUUUGUCAAAGAGUGUCUCUGUUAAAUUAAAAAAAAGCGGUAAAUGGUCCUCUUUCCGGGUGGCCCAGUUUCAAUAGAUACACUGUAACUUUGACUGGUCGAAAAGUUACCACAGAAGCUGGUACCUUCCUACUCCCCCCAAAAAAACCUCGGAAAUGAUGAAAAGAGAGAAACGAGUACUUUCAAAAUCAUUUAGCAUACUCGUUCUCAGCCGUAUCUCUAGUUUUCAUUAGUAUAGAACCAUAAGCGUUCUAUCACAAAUGCUGCAAUCUGAUUGGCUAUUCGCUCUCAAUUCGCCCUCAUAAACUCUCGCGCGAUAGAAGUCUCGAGCUGACAAGGAAUGCACGCAAGAAGUGCGCGGGGAGGGGGGGAGGGGGGAGGGGUUCAGAUGGGUAGAAAGAAAAAGGAAAGACUCUCCUCUCACUGUCUCUUUCCUUCCCAUCCUUCCUUUCGUCGUGGUAGUGCCAGCAGUAGGCACUACCGAGAACGUGGCAAAACAAAAAGAUCUAAUGAGCAGAACAAUAGCUCACCACGUGCGUUUUAAAAAUAUGUACAUUUCUUAGCCUUCUUCUGCAAAACAAAAACGUGCAGUUACCAAAAUUUGUGUGGUCUGAUAACAAAAACCGCGAUAGCAAAUUAUUUAAGUUUCCAAUUGGGACCCAACGCUCACAUGCGUUUUUCUGAUGUAGAGCCGGGUAGGGCGGCGCAAAAGACGGUAAAUACGUUCAGCUAUUCGCAAAAUUCAAACCAAAAAUAUAAAUUCAUUUUUAAAGCGAUUUCGUCUUCAGCGUUGCUGUCCUGACUGUUUAAUAUUCCCGGCAAGUCUCUCCUAAGACUGCAUGACCCAGCAGUGUGUGAAAGAUGAGAGAAGAGAAGGCAGUGAUCAUAUUCUCUUUUCUCGAAUCCUUGCACAGACGCUGGCCAUGUGCUGACACCUCCAAUACCUCAAGAAAGCAGAAGUACUUUACAUGUGUGUUCAAGACACGGAAGGGAACGCACAAAAAUCCUGGAGCAGAAACCGGUCAAACCUUUUAGAUCUAUCCAACCCAAACCAGUUAAACCUGUUAGACAAACGAGCUUUCAUGCACCCACUCCAAAAGAAACAUCUGCUGUAAAAUCUGGUAACAGAGCGGAAACGUCGGUGAGUGACUUAUGAUGAUAAACUGAACAAUUUAAGAAUAGCUUAGGGCGAAACAAAACAUUAAAUACUAUUAUAUCAAAAUAUUAACCCUUUAAUUCUCAUAGGUGACCAAGACAAAAUUUCUCCUCAGAAUAUUAAUACAAUGUUAAGUAGUUAAGUAAUGAGAAUAUAGAAAAAGACCAGUAUCUGUUAAGGAAUUAUAAGUCGAUCUAAUACCUGGUUCUCCCAAUUAACAUCACGAGAAUUGUAUGACAGGCAGUAAGAAGAAUGAAAUCUUGAGUUUGAAAGGGUUAAGAGUUUGAUGUAACAAAGUGCUAGAGGUGUGGAAAUGCUGUCAUCAUAACGUGGGUGCUUCGGCUGAGGGCGGGAAACGCGGGCAAGUGGUCCAGAGGGUCGAUUUCUCUACUUUUAAAAAGUAUCAGUGAAGCAUUAUACAGUUUCAGCGUUUAUGAUGGUAGAUUUAACGCGUUUUUUUCUUCAGGUGCAGCUUGCACCUCAACCAGAAAAAUGUCCUCAACAUGAAGUGAAACAGGAACUCGUUAAGGAGCUAUCAUUGGGUAAUUAACACAGUUUGUAUACAGUUUUCUUUUGACGUAAGAGACUGAGAUAUUAGUGAUAUUACACUUACUGGUUUAGACACUUUGGUUAAGAGUAAUUCACGGGUAUAUCACAAAGUAGAGGAGAACAUAUUGAGAUGUAGUUGAAAUAAAACUUUACAAGCGGCUUCUGAAAAUGAAUACUUUGUUGUGGUACAGAUCCGGUUGGUAUCUUUUCCAUUUGUUUUUGUCUUUUUAUUAUAUGUCUCUCUCGAACACGUCGUGUUUUUCUGGACUUUGAAUCUACAGUUUGGAUAACGUUUGGAGAACGCAAUUACUUGUCAGUCACCAGUGAAAACAAUUCAACUUAGCAGUCUUGUUGCCUUUUAAGACAUGUUUUAGUUGGUUUAGCAGAACUUAAGAUUAAUUUAAUGUUUCAACUUUGUAUGUUCAGUUUGCGAGUAACAACUAGCGCAAUUUUCCACGAUCUUUUGUUUAUUUGAGGCAAGUCUUAGACUGUUGCUAUGUUACCAACCAAGAGGCGGAUUUAGAGGAGGGUCCGGUGGGUCUGGAUACAUCCCCCUCCAAUCCUAUGAGGGUGUUUCUAAUACUUGCCUGGCUAUGACUGGAUCACAUAUUGCUACAAGUCUGGCUGUUUUUUUUCCUUCUUUCUCUUUUUUCGUAACCGUGAGUGAGGGAGGGGGAGGAGUGAGGGGGGGGGGGAGGGGAAGGGAGAAGGGGGCGGAGGGUGAGAAGUUAAGGAAAGGAUCUUCGCCGUUAUUUGUGCUUUUUCACAUGUUUUUCGCGCGCUUUCCUUUUCGGUCGUCUUCACUGACUAAAAUUUAUUAGACAAUUGAAUGAGCCAUCUAGCUUGGUAUUGUUCAAACCAGUUACUUUUUACAACAAAUGCGGAGUUAGAAUCCUCUUGUGUCCAAAAGCUAUUUUUUUUUAAUUUGAUGACGACUCCCGAAAUUAAGAAAAACUACUGCAAUCUCGAAUGACUUUGUUAAGAGGAACCUGGGUAGAAGAUUCUCUCCGAUCAAGGCGUCUGCUUAUGUCAACCCUUAAACUUACGAAAUGAUUUUGUUUUACUUUAACCGGUAGACAUUGGACCGUUACUUCCUUCAUCCCGCCCUAAGAGACAAAAUUCUUCCAGUCAAAGAAAGCCCUUGGAAAGAGAACGCGCCACAGAAUCCGUUAAACCAGCUGUGCCGGGUGGGGAUCCAAUCACAUUGGAGGUAGCCAAGGUAAGACAUGCGUCGUAGAUAUUGCUUUAGUUCUAUGGCAAAUCUUCAAAAAUUGAUUUGAGUGAGAUCCACUGUUUUUGGAGUUCGAAUCCGUUCGGGACAUGCCGAUUAUUAUUCAAUCUCUACCUAGAACACAUGCGAGAUAACCUUUCCUGGGAAUUUCUGAGGCGCUUUUUACAUAGAAUAAUAUAAUUUUAACUUGAUUGUCGCAAGUUAUCUGGAAUUGCUUUUGUUUUGCUUUGAAUUCGCCAUGCGCUAUGUCCUGAAACUUGCGCCACUUUCUCUGCCAAUCAGAUUCAUUACUCAAAUCAGUCGCGUCUUGGUCACUCGCGUUUCCGCGUUUUCGCGCGUUUUCUCGCGUUUUCUCGCGUUUUCUCACGCUUCAGGCUUUAACCUUGUUUCAGUUCUCAGUGGCCCCCUGUGAUAUUUUCAUGUUGUCUGAUUGGACAAGUUUACCAUUGAGUACUCUUUAGCUCAGUUGUUAGAGCUUCCGGGCGCAAAAUAAGUCGGUACAGCCUGGGGAUCGGGUUUGACUCAUCCUCGGUUGCCUCCAAAAAGUGCGCGGCGCACACUUCUCUCUCCAAUUCUACUCGCGUUGGUUGGCUUCUGCUUUGAAGACGACUGGGGAAUAGUCAGAGUUCAGAUCCUCACCAUGUACUCACUCCCAGGAGUGACCAAAACGGAAUUAUCAAUAAUGAUUUUCAACUGUAAAGUUGACGAGAUGAAAGAAAAAUAUCAGUUAGAGAGGGUGUUGUUUAAUUUACCACCAAAUUCUAAGAUCUGAAAUUUUGAGAACAGUAUCGAUGACCGUCAGUGUACUGUGAGAACCUUGAUGGUUAAAUAUUUCAGUGGAAAGGUUUAAACGUCCUUUCAAUCACUUUCCAGGCCCUCCGUGUGUUAUUAUUUGGUACACCGUACACGUCUUUCAACUCUGACUGGAGAAGACAGCAUAUCAACUUCUUUUCGCACAAGUCUUACGCUCUAAGCUUCCAUAAGGUAACUUGGGGGGUAAAGAGAGCCAGUAGUUUGAGAGGUGGUCAGCGCCAACCUGAGGUUCAAAUUAUAGUUUGACUUUCCGUGCGCGAAGUAUUAAUUGGGGUUAAAUUUAAGUGAGAUUUUAUGCAGUGGUCAGUUGUGAGGCAGAUUUGAAAAAAACUACAUGAUACGAAUAAUAAUUUGUCUGAAAAAAAAUUACUAAGCCAUCUGAAAAAUUCACACAAAGCCGAGAUAUAGUUCAGCUACAUCUUAUCAUGAACAACCUGGCCCAGUGUAUUAAAUCGAGAGCAAUUUUCAAAUGAGCGUUGGGAACUUAUUGGAUCGCCAAAUGAUUAAAAAUGAAAUGCCAUCCAAGCUUAUUUUUGAGCCAAACGGAGACUAUCGUUUUAAUAUUUUUUUCACUCACUUACUUCCGUAGUUGGGACCUGACGGGAUCAUGGCAUGUUUGCAGGGAUUUCUGUUGAGAUUCUUGUUGUACGACCAGCCGUCCAUUGAACACGUGAAAAGGUAACCAGGACAACAAUCGAUUAAAGGAAUAUUUAGGAGAUGUGGUUUGAAAUCUCAAGCUUAUGAGUAGAUGGGGUCAAUUUUAUUCUCAAAGUGCCAUUCUGAGAAAGAGAGUAAAAAUCAUUUGAUUUCCCCGCAUGGAUUGAUAUUUCAUCUUAUUUUUUAUUUGUUUCGUGUACCAAACGUGAGUCGAGACUGUGUUUACACUUCUUAGGGUUGUUGGGCCAUUUGGAAAUGAUGUGGUCUGAAUUAUUGCCUGUACAAAAGAGAUUUGUGAAGAAUGUUUGUCAGUAAACAAACUCGAUCCAGCGCCGAGUUACCUAACCCUCUCUGACAUAAAAUGGCUCACUGAGUGUGAACACGGAUUUCAAAUGAAGAACUUGAAAAAAUUGAGGUCAGAUUUUCCUUUGUCGACAAACCGUGACGAAUUCUCUCUAAGAAAAAUUAUUAGUAACUAGUAGAGUCUCGAUUAUGCAGUGUCACGAAAUAAGUUUAAAUUUUGUUUGAAUCAAUCAGAAUAGCUAUUUUGUUAAAGAAAAAAGAAGUUGCAAAGUCAUGGUUUUGAUAUUCUCGCAUAGGGAAAUACCGAGAAGUAUUUGAAUGGGAAUUCUCUGAAUGAGAAAUACCUUUGGUUUUUUGUUCCGUAGUAUGUUGAGACCAAUGUCGUCUGACCGUCAGAAGGCACUAAUUACAGCCAUGACGAAGAUCCUCUGGCAAGCAGGAGGCCAACAGCGCGCAACGGUAGUACUGUGAGUGUUACAAAUUGUAUGUUAUGGGAAAUGUUGUUGUUCAUCGUGGUUUCGUAGAAAAAUAAGCAUUUGAUUGUUUGUCUCACGAUAUAAGAUUCAGGCUAAUCAAUUGCAUUGACUGAAGCGUUUCAGCUGCUAUACUGCUUGUCAUAGUCAGGCGACGAGGCCGAAAGUUUGCCUUGUCGCUUAAAGAAAAAUUUCAAACUUUGAUUAAAACUUCAUUCCUUAUGUCAUGAAGGUGGGAAAGCAAAAUAGAGAAUCGAACCCCACACCUUAGAGCUCAGAGAAAUCGUUAAUAAGCCUAUUCUAGGUGCUUAGGUAGUAAAACUCAAUGCGAAAAUAAAAGGCGCUAUAGCGGCGGGGAAGUGAAAUAGAGAGGGAGGUCUGGAACGGGUCGCAUAAUGAAUGACCCGAACGCUUUUGCUCUACCGCCACUAUCGCGCCGUUAACUAUUUCGUUCCGUUUUACUAACUGGAUGCCUGGAACAAGCUAUAGAGGUUGAGUCAGCAUAACAGAAAAUUUAUAAGUGUAUCGAUCAUCCAGUUCCUUAGCCUUCAAUGGGUACACACUCCGUAAGUAUCUCUGCGCUUUCCAAUUUCGUGAGCGCCCGUGAUCGAUAAAUUUUUUAUUUCAGGCCGUGCGGUGAGUGUAACUGGGCGACAAUGGACGACUACAGAGAAGAUCAGCUCACGGAAAAGGUGCACAUCACUAAAGUUUUGAUUUUUAUCUUAAUGUGCUUAUUCGAUUCUGUCGUCAUUUGCUUUUACAAACUGGUACUCGAUGCUUCUUUUUGAGUUGGCUACGUAAAUUGCACGAUUAUCAGUAUUGCGCGAAAGUUGGCAAAAUUAUUAAUAAAAAAAGCCGUAAUUAAAAAAGGGAGGGCUUGUGCUGCUCGCAAAGAGUAAUACCACCAGUUGCAGACGCUGUUACAUUGUGUAUUAGACUGAAAAGGGAUGUGGGUAGUUGGCAAAGAAGGCGUAGUUUUGGCGAGCGAGUGCUAAGUAUUUUCUUGGUGAAAGUUGCUGCUGACAUCUUUGAUUUUUACAGCAGCGGAACGCUGGGGAGAAAAAAAUUCGUACCAAGGGGGUGAGCGUCGGUUAAAAGAAAGGAGAGGGGAGGAGGUGGGGCAAUAGAAAUUACCUCGCAUUUCCCUGCCCCCUCCCUCACCGUCCACUCUAACUCUGAAUCAACCAUGGCCAGUUGGAUAACCGAUCGCGAUCUUCUAACAUUAACUCACCGAAAUAAGACACCUGCACUGCAGGCUGGGGCAAGGGUGGAAUUAAACCCUCUAGUCACUUCGAUCUUCAUAAACUUAGCGGUGGUUUUCUCUGGCGUGGGGUUUUUUUUUCGAUUUGAAUACUUUCAACCACCCAAGUACUCGUGAUUGAGUGGGGUCCCGCUGGGGUGGGGUUCUCUAACAUUUUCCACUUAGGUUGUUUCAUUUUACUUUGGGUAUUGAGUGAGAAACGAAAGCUCAGACAGUUUAUAAGAUAUGAUUAUAAGGAAAAAAGGUUUUUUUCGUCUGAAUUUACAGCUUCAUCAGUUCAGAUUUACCGAGUUUUCCCACCUGGAAAGGUUCAUAAAGAAGCACUUAUCAUUUGUAAGUACUCAGCGCUUUCUGAUUCUAGCUUUUAAUGGACAAUUUAGAGAGGUAUGGUUGUGUUAACGGAAAGUAUUUGGUUAUCUUUUAUUUGUAUCUUAGUAUUUUUUUGUCGAAAUGUUCUAUGACGAAUCUAGAGAUCACAGUAUGUUCCAUUUUAAACACAACAUAUUUAAUACAAAGAGGCGAAUCUGUUGUGCCAUCUACGAACGCGUUAAAAUAUUGUUUCCUCCAUCUUCUCUAGUUCCUAAUUCCUGCUGCCUCUUAUCAUUAUUUUUUGAAAGUGCGUUUUUAAACGAGGUCCGCCAUUUUUAAUCGAUUUCAAACCCAAUUCCAGGUGAAGCUGGGUAGACUGCGUUUUAAAAUGGCGGAUCUUUCUUUUGCGUGAAAGGCGUGUAUUGUAGUCUGUGGCCUUUCUGAAGUGACGUAUAUUACGGGGGUGAUCUAGCCAUGGGGCGAAGUAACCGUAAACCGGCCCCAUAACUCCCUCGCCCCUCUCGGUCAGCUUUUGUAGUCCGCGCUUCCCUUCGAGGUUUUUUUUUUUCGUUCCCUUUCUCUCUUUCUCGUCUUUGCUAUGCUCUUCAGUCGUCUUUGGUAACUUCUUUAUGUUUUCUUUCGUAGUUUGAAAGCACAAACGGAAAUGGUUGCAUUCUGUUUUUGUAUUCGGUUAUUCUGUCCAGAUCAAUUGAAAGGUACGCCGUGGAUGUGCUGUAAACAUUCUGUCAAUUAAUAAAACAUGUAGCUUUUAGAGCUCUUUUCCACUGAGUGUCGUAAAACCAAAACCAACAGCCACAACGGCUAUGAAGAGAAAAUGAGAACUCAAAGUAGAAUCAACCAAACUGCCUAAAGGGCGGGAAAACACAGGCGACUUAGUCGUGAUUGGUUUUAGUUUGAAUUUGAUUGGUUGAGAAAGUGGCGCAAGUUUCAGAACCAAUCACAAAGCAAAGUAAAGAAAACCAAAACAAUCCUGAGUAACUUUCGACAUUCGAUUGAAAAUGGCUCUAAAAACCAGUAGUAAACACACAUCACAACCUUGUUAGGCAAGGGAGGAGGGGAGGGGAGGGGGGUUAAUUAAAGAGUCUGGUAGCCUAUCACUGCCUAUGUUUAUCCAAGGUCCUGUGGCACGAAACGACUACGCUUAUUUCUCCUCCCCCCUUCCCCCCUCCUUUACCCUGGAUGGAAUGCUAACCCAUCGCAGGUUAUCCUUCAGCAUUUCGUUUUCCUUCCCAGCAAUAAAUCUGAACGACCCGACCAGGGCUCGGACCCAUACCCCUCGAUCCAGAGUCCAUCGGGUAAUCCUUAACAAAGUGGCCAGCAUUUUCUCAACUUGCUAAAUAUUUCUAAUCUUUGUAUUUACAGGGUAACUGAGGAUCUAGGAGACCCGAAUUCCUCUUUGAUGGGUCUUCACGACUCGUGCUCUCAGGUAGGAGAGUUCCUUCGAAACAGGUCAACAUACAGAACUUUUUCGAAUCAAGGUGUUUUUUCGUCGCGGUAUGGACUCAUCUUGAGCGUAGAAACUUAAGAUCUGAAUACCUGUUUUUGUGAAUUUUAGUAAAUGCGUGUUUUCUCAAUCUGGCUGUGUUAUUAAUUUUUCUUGUCUCUUGCAACACAGGCCAUGAUUAACUUGAUGCUAACUGGCAGAGCAGCCGCCAAUGUCUUCAACGGUGAUAUCGAGUUCAAUAAAAGAGGACGAAAACUGGUAAGGGGAAGAGAACUUUACAGGAUCGGAUACUGUCUUGUUAUAGUUUGUUUUGUUCCGGAGCUUAUUAUCUCGUUAGUUGUUAUUACGCAGCUAGAGCACCGGAGCUUGCCAUUUUAAGCUUACCUUUGCCAUUUUAAGCCAUUAUAUUGUCUGUAAAGAACAUUAAUCUUUAAAACAACAGUUUACCUAGGAAAGAAUUAUCGUAACUUACCAUGUUUACAAAGGCUAUGGGCGAUUCUCAUCGUCGGUUCAACCCUUUACACACUAACACAGUAUCUAUAUUCUCCAUGACCUUUUUUACACACGCCCUGAGCUGCUUACAAGGAGAAUUUGUUUAACAAUCAAGGGCUUCUUAAGUUGGCGAUCAUUUCCUUUUUUCCCAUGAUUUUGAUGGAUGAUUGAGCGGCAUCAUAGUAACGAGAAAUUAGAUGCUGGUUACUCAUAGGGUCCAAAGGGUUACUUAACUCUUACCCUUCUCAGUCAUAUUCGUUUUACAACGGAUGUUUCAAACUCUUCUCUGAAACCCACCCUUGACAAGUAACUUUCUCUUAUACACAGCCCCAUCCGCUGAAUGGCAUUAAAGGUCGGAGUGAGAUUGGAUUUUUAUCUCUUGAAGAGCAUUUUGAUCCCAAAUCUUUUCAGGUAAUAUGAUGAUACAGUAAAACAGUAGAACCCCACUGAAUUGAAUCCGGUUGACUCGAAAUCCCUCGCUAACUCGAUCAAGAACCAAUUUCCCUUGGAUUUGACCCCAUUUUCCCAGUCAUUUACCAUCAGCUAACUUUAACUCGGUUUACUGGAACUCCCCGUGAACUCGAACUAAUUUUACUUUCCCUUAGCUGAAAUUUACUCUGAUAACUCGAAUUUUAAGUAAAAACGUCGGUCAGUAAACGUCAACGUGUCAGAACUUAACUGAUUCACACGUCCCAGUCUUUAAUCGCGAUUGGUACAAACGUGAUAACAUUUAUAAGAAGGUGAUACAUUUAGCUUAACUUCCCAAACUAACGUCCUUAUCAAAAAGCUCCUAAACAAACUUAAUGUACGAAAGUUUGAGUUAGUGGGAUUCUGCUGUACACUAUUUAGCCAUGUCAUCUCAUAGCUCCCUUAACCUUUGGGACAGUUCUGGUGCAUACAAAACAUAACAAGUUGUUUCCUGUAUCAAUCUCUGACCAGGUUGGCAGCAUGCUCAAGACUCCCAAGUUUCCAGUUUGGGUGGUGAAGACUGGUGAACGUUACGGCGUGCUGUUUUCACUCAACAAGGAACUCGUUAAUGAUUGGUCAGUUAAGUGCUUACAAGUCUUUAAAAUACAAACAAGUUGAAGAAGCUGACAAUUGUAAAUAAAAGUAUCAUUCUUAAUUACUUGCACAAACAACACGGGCGGAACUAAACUAGUUUGCUUCGAUACUCUCUGUGAUUCAUGAAUUCAAAAGAAAAGUAAGAAAAUACAAGGGAAUGGCCUCGUCGAACUAAUUUGGUUUUGUUGUUGCCUUUUACAGGAAGCUCGAGAGGAGAUUUGAGUUGUUGUACUGUACUGGAUCAGCUAAAAGAAACAAUGGUGCAGACGAGAGUGUAUUUAUUAUAGGUACCAAAGUGUUUUUUAAGUCCUAAACCGACUCGCUCAACAUUGUGAUGAUAUCUGAAUCACAAUUUUCUCCUAAUUAGUUUUAACUGCCAUGAAAACAAAGUUUUUAUGUAGUCGGCCUAGGGACCAUUCAUUGUUUAUCCUCUGAGGAGGGGGGGGGGUUAACAUGGUUUUCGGGGGCAACAGAGGGGGUAUCAGUCGUUGCCAACAGACCACAAAGGGUGGACUAUAGAGAACUGGCUGUCAAUUAACAGCCAGUGAGGGGGGGUGAGGGGAAAUCAUAAGAAUAUUAGGGAGCCUUUCUAGGGGGAGGAGGUAAAUUUCAUUGUGACAUCAACAAAAUCCCCCACCCCCUCCCCUCAUAUUAUAUAUAGUUACCCUUCCCCAACUCAAUUAUUGUGUCAGUCAACCCUGAGGUUCUUCUUUUUCAGAUACGAGAGAUAUUUUCAGCUCCGAUGACGAAUUCGGGGAGGAACCAUCUGAGGUGGAACACUGUUUAAGAACCAAGUGAGUUGACUCAGCUCUUGACACAGAAGUCAGUCGCCGUGAUAAACUACUCAGGAUAUUGUUAUGUUGGCCGGGGGGGCACUGGGUCAGUUACGAGAGCACAUCUGAUGAACCAUUUGACCCCUAAGAGCGAUAAGCAACUGAAUUCUCCCAACAACAUCACCCUCGAAUCAAACAUUAAUGUUACGAGAAUAUAGGAGAUGAUCACGAACUAAGUUAGCUCUUGAUUGUUCAACAAAUUCUCCUUAUCAGCACCUUGGGAAAUUUAUAGAGAACAGUAUGGAGAAUAUACAUACUGUUCUAACGGUGUGAAGGGUUCAAUAUCGUUACAAAUAAAACCAUAAUAAUCACAGCGCCCGAUCAUGACGAAGGAAAAUAUCAGUAGAAGCUGCAUGUUGACGAAUCAAAUUUUUUAAAAAAAUAACAAGCGAAUUUCCUGAAAGCGCGGGAAAACGCGAGCCACGGUAACAAGUUGCGGUGGCCUAGCCCACUAUAACGUUAUCUGUAGCUCUGUGGCAGAGAAUCGUGGGGCGAAAUCCGAGGUCUGAGGUUAGACUCUUCGUGGGAGGCCCAGAUCUUUCAUUUUCUUACGAGACAAAAUAAAUAACAUCUCUUUUAUUACAGAGAUGGGUUUUAGUUUCUAACAAGGAGAGUUUUCGCGAUAUUUCCUAGACAAUCUCAGCACAGAGUAAAUCUCUGUAGUCGCAAACGUUGGACACGGUUACAUUAAAAAAAUUUGAAAAAUAUUGAACCAUUGUGUAUGAGAAGAGCCUCUGUGUAGCAUGUCUUGCAAUUGUAGAGUUAUCUAUGUUACAUUGCUGCCGGUAUUAGUUUAAUCGAUAGCAAAACUUAUUUUUCAGAUGGCCAGGUGCACUGAUUGAAGUAAAAGAUGAAAGAAGCUAAACGAAAGCAAAGAAAAAGCACUAUUUCAGGGUUCUACUUUGCAAGAAAUGGCUUGAGCCUGAGUAAGAGCAGCGGCGUCUUCAUGGCAACAAGCUUCUCGUUACAUAAUCACGCUAGGGUCACGUGAUCUCGUGUGAAGGCUGUGUGGCACGGUUGACAUCUCACUAGAAAUGGAGUUCGCUACGGAGGAGACCUCGAUCCGUUAUGCGCAAGUCCCUUUCGAAUCAUACAGAUAACAUUCAAGAUCCAAAAAGGAAAAAAAUUGAAGAAGCAUCGCAGUGAAAACGUUCAACCCAUAUUAUUCCUUUUCUGUUACAUUUUAAGAAAAAUUUGUUUGAAAGAGAGGUGGGGAAGGGGGCAGGGUGAUAUUAACCUGCACCUCAUUUACGAGGAACCUUCCUGGAAAACCCUUUCUCGUUCCUGAAAACGAUUUCAUUCAAUUUUAAUGCGUCAGACAUUUGUUACCUGAGCCACUUAGUCAUGACUUCCGUAUAAUCCCAUACUUUAUCAUGCACAGCUCUCUGUUUUAAAGAAAGUAAUGACGGAACCAUUGGAUUCAAUCUAGAUUCUUUGUCAUCCUCGCUUUCUUUGGCUAUAAGUACUGAUCGACACCAAAUUGAAUUUGGUUCGGUGAAAUCAUUGUCCGUUUCUUCAAAAAUGUUGUAAUCGAUUAAUUUUGUUUUAGAGACCACGGUAUCAGCAAUGGGUCCAAGGAGUUCAAGUGCUUUAUAUCAUAGCAAGUUUUAUUGAGUCCGGUUUUUAUUAUACGCAACACUGAACUUUGAGUGCCCUGAAGCAGGGAAACAGUUUGCACCUACAGAAACGAACGAGGACUGUACAUAAGUUCUUUUUUAAGUAAUAGCGUUCUAUUUUUGUAUUUUGCUGAUGAACACGCUUAAGUUUCCUACUUGAUUGUGUAUAAAUGUUACAUCGCCCAUUUGAAUUAUUUUCAUGCAAGGAGGGCAGUGUGAAAAAAGCAGUAUUUUUGUACAAGUGAUAUUAAAAUCGUUAUGGAAG